UCACACAACUUUAUACAUAUCUAAAUAUGUAUAACCACAUAUUACAUAAUUCUAUAUAUAGCUACCUACGUACACACACUUGAAAUCUACUUACUUUUAUACAUAAAAAUCUUAUACGUCCGCAUGUGUAUAACCUCAUCUGUGCCUACCCAUUCAAGCAAAACAUAUCUGUAUCCAUAUUAUUAUAGAUAUACCUUAUACACACCUAUUCAUAUAUAUGCAUGAAACUUUACAAACACUUUUCGGAAUAAAACUGGAUAUCAUCCAUCAAAAUUUUAAAUUAAUCAUUUAAAACAAUAAAUCAUUUUAUAAAAAUAUGAAGACCCUGAAAUUUUGGCUACUGUUAAAACAAUUUUUUCGUUUGCAAAAUAAAAGUACGUGUGUUAAUACCAGAUAAUUAUUAUUUAUUAUUAUUUUCUUGUUUUAUGGACAACAAAUUUUUACUUGGACACGUGGUACCCGGUUGUUGGAGUCACCACGCGCGUGUCAAGGAAGCUGCCACGCGCUGCCGCGCACCACCGUCGGAAGCAGCAUGCGCCGACGCGAGUGACUCGGAAUUGCCACGAGAAUCGCGGCACGGCCAGAUCCGAAACUGAUCUCGUCGAAGCUGCCGUGAUCGGGCCUCUAUGCGAUCCAGUAACCGUGGAUCUGUCUUCUCGCUGCCGCGCCGCACAUACCUGGAGCGCAAUCCGUCGCGCUGGUUCCUCUCUUCUGCUGCGCGCACGGUCGCGCCGUUACUCUGAUCGCCUCCCCUCCGCCACGCGCACAGGCUGAUCGCGCGGUGCUCUCUGGUUGCGCCGCAGAUCUGGCCCUCCGCAAUCGCGCGCGCCGACCUUCUUCUUCUUCUUCUUCUUCUUCUCCUUCUCCAUCUCCUUCUUCGUAUUCGUCUUCUUCUUCUUCUUCUUCUUCUUCUUCUCUCCUCCGCCGCAUCUCCCUCCCGCUGCGUCUUCCUUCCCUGCCGUGCCCUCUUUCACGCCGCUUCUAUUCUUCUUGUUUUUUUGUUUAGGAUUCCUUUUCUUUUAAUAUUUAUUUGUCAUUUAUUUAUUCAUUGACAUAUAUAUAUAUAUUUCGGGAUGUUACACGGCGUAUAUACACAAGCAAAAUUUUCAAAAGGCCUCUCUAUAGCCUGACACCGCAGAGCUCAGCUGCUGAUUUUCUUGAUCUUCGACCCUGGAUUCUCGGCUUAAUCACAGGGAUCUCUCUUAUAUCUUUCUGGGUCCUCACAGAUACGUAUCCAUUUUCAUGAUGUUCCAGGAAAGACUCUAUUUUUCGGUUUGAUUUUUUCGUUUCCUCUUCAAUUGGUGAUUUCUCGAACUGUGUAUAUCUAUGGCUGUUAAGGGAGUAAAUCUGUAGCAUUCAGAAUUUAGAAAGGGAUGAUUGUUUGAUUCGAUAUGCUUCGGUUUAGGAUUUUCUGCUGAUUUAUUUUGCAUGUAAAAAGAGGAAUUACGAGUUCUGAAGUUUAGCGCAGAGAUUAUAACUUAUUUCCCCAAGGAAUAGGGACGGGAAGGAACUGACACUCAGUUGGCUUAAAUUUUUUGCCCUGCGUAUUGUAACAUUCAAAUUUUUUAGUCGGAAUGCAGAUUCAAAGAUUUUCAGUUGCGAAUUACACCAUUGUUGCUCCUCCAAAUUUCUCGUCCUCUCCCCACAUUUCCACCGCAAUCCCACAUAACCCCUCAAUCCUUGCACUCAAUCGAACUUGCAAUGCUGGGUUUUGCAAUUCACUGCGAAGGGUAACCAAAUUGCAGACUAGUUCGAGAAGAUACGGCAGUUUGAUUAUGGCGAGUUCUGGAGAGGUAAAAGACGAUAGGUUCUAUAUGAGGAGAUGCGUGGAGCUGGCGAGGAAGGCCGUUGGAUACACAAGUCCCAAUCCAAUGGUGGGUUGUGUUAUAGUGAAAGAUGGGAAGAUUGUUGGUGAGGGGUUUCACCCUAAAGCUGGUCAACCUCAUGCGGAGGUAUUUGCUCUGCGAGACGCUGGUAGUUUGGCUGAGGGGGCCACAGCAUAUGUGAGCCUAGAGCCCUGUAAUCACUUUGGUAGAACUCCACCAUGUACUGAAGCUCUGAUCAAAACCAAGGUGAAAAAAGUGGUGGCGGGAAUGGUGGACCCAAACCCGAUUGUUGCUUCAAAAGGGGUGAAUAGAUUGAGAGAUGCAGGAAUUGAGGUGAUUGUGAGUGUAGAAGAAGAGCUGUGCAAGAGGCUCAAUGAGGCUUAUAUCCAUCAAAUAUUGACAGGGAAGCCCUUUGUUACACUAAGAUAUUCCCUUUCUGUCAAUGGUUGUUUCUUGGACCAGCUUGGUGAAGGAGUUUCAGAAAGUGGAGGAUACUACUCAAAACUACUACAGGAAAAUGAUGCAAUUAUAAUUUCUGGUUCAUUAAAGGAUAAUCUUUCCAUGUUUACGUCGCAAGAACUUGGUGCUAAUCAACCCAUGAAGAUUUUAGUAGCAAGAAAUCCUGAAUGGUCUGGAAUCCAAAUUCCUGAUCUCACCAAAGAAAUGGCUUCCAAAGUGGUAUUGUUUACCAACAAAGGCACAACUCUUGGAAAAGAGAUGGCUCAGAAGGAAAUUGAAAAAGUGGUUUCGGAUCAAAUAACUUUGAGUGCAAUUCUUGAAUCUGUUAGAAACAGGGGAUUGCGCAGUGUUUUGCUGGAUCUGAGGGGGAGUUUCAGCAAUCUGCAAGAGCUUCUUAGAGAGGGUAUUGAGCAAAAUCUGUUGCAAAAAAUUGUGGUAGAGGUAUUGCCUUGGUGGGGUGGAGAUUAUGAUGGAAAUCUUCAGAUGACACUGAAAGAACUGAGGAAAAGACUGAAGUUGAAGAAUUUACAGUCCAAAAUCUCACAUCAGAGUGUUGUGAUUGAGGGAUAUGUUCAAUAAAUAGAAUUGAAUGCCCGUGCUCAUCAGUGUUGCUAUAUUUAUUGGACUUAUUUUUCUUUUCUGGGGGGACAAUAAAGCUCACUACAAUGUUAUUGCAAUUACAUUUAUUAACUUUGUACCAUGGAGUUGCUGUGGAUUUUAUUCUCACAAGCUGGUUAAUUUUGAAGUGGCAGAAUCUUUUUAUGAUACUAAAAACAACUGCUAUUUGCUUCCUUGAUGAGAUGAACAGAAGCAUGAAAUUAAGGGUGUGAUUGAACGGUGAUGAAGGGGCCAAAAAAAGACUCUACAUUGUUAUUAUCCAUCUUUGAGAAGAAGACUCCAGCAUUUUGGGAUGACAGGAUUAUUAGAAGCAAUACUUGAAAUUCUCUUGUUAUCUCCUUGACAAUCAUAGUUUCCUUUGUGAAAUACUCAAUGGUAAACUAAAUGUCGAUUGACAAAUGAUAACUGCUUAAGGUGGUGCACCCUUAAAUCCUCUCAUGUGCCCUUGUUUCUCUUUAUUUGUUUGGAAAUAAUUAAGCAGUGUCUUUAGCAUGUUGUGUUGA